AUCCCAUCCCCAUUCAGAAGAGUCUUGGAGACAUGCAGUUUGAGAUCUUUGUGCUGGGAUGUUUUGACGUCCUCCGGGGCCAGGUGUGAACUUAAAACUUCAGCAAUGGAGUUAGCCCACAGUUUAUUGCUAAAUGAAGAAGCUUUGGCUCAAAUCACCGAAGCAAAGAGACCAGUUUUUAUCUUUGAAUGGUUGCGAUUUCUUGAUAAAGUAUUAGUUGCUGCCAACAAGACUGAUGUAAAAGAAAAACAGAAAAAACUUGUUGAACAAUUAACUGGAUUAAUAAGUAGUUCACCUGGACCACCUACGCGAAAAUUGUUAGCUAAAAAUCUUGCAGCACUUUAUAGUAUUGGGGAUACUUUUACGGUUUUUCAAACACUUGAUAAAUGUAAUGACAUCAUCAGAAAUAAAGAUGACACUGCAGCCUACUUACCAACAAAAUUGGCUGCAGUGGCUUGUGUUGGAGCAUUUUAUGAAAAAAUGGGGAGAAUGCUGGGCAGUGCAUUUCCAGAAACAGUAAAUAAUCUUUUGAAAUCUCUGAAAAGUGCAGAGUCUCAAGGGCGAAGUGAAAUCUUAAUGAGUCUACAGAAAGUUCUAAAUGGACUUGGUGGUGCGGCAGCUUCCUCUCAUCGUGAUAUUUAUAAGAAUGCCAGGUCUCUCUUGACUGACAGGUCGAUGGCUGUUCGAUGUGCAGUCGCGAAGUGUCUACUAGAACUACAGAAUGAAGCUGUAUUCAUGUGGACUGCUGAACUGGAAAAUAUAGCCACUCUCUGCUUUAAGGCUUUGGAAAACUCAAAUUAUGGGGUACGAGUGGCAGUGUCCAAACUCUUAGGAACAGUUAUGGCUACAGCACUGAUGCCAAAACAGGCAACAGUGAUGCGUCAAAAUGUGAAGCGAGCAACACUGGAUGAAGUCUUAGAACUCAUGGCCACAGGAUUUUUACGUGGAGGGUCAGGUUUCUUAAAGAGUGGUGGAGAAAUGUUAAAAGUUGGAGGGUCUGUUAAUCGUGAAGUGAGAGUUGGAGUUACACAGGCAUAUGUUGUUUUUGUAACAACAUUGGGUGGCCAGUGGUUGGAGCGUAGCUUUGCUACAUUCUUGUCCCAUGUACUUGAUCUGGUUUCCCAUCCUCGGGCAACACAAACACAUGUGGAGGCUGUGUACUCGAGACGAUGUGUCUCCUUUAUCCUAAGAGCCACGGUUGGCAGUUUGCUAGGUGAAAAAGCCCAGAUUGCAGCUGCCAAAGAAAUAUGCCAAGCUAUUGGAAAACAAAUGAAAGCAGUAGAAGCAGUAGUGAAUGAUACUAGUGGUGAAAACAAAUCUGGUGCAGCAGACAUCGCAGCAAGCCAGCAUGUUAUGGUCUGUGCCCUCCAGGAGCUCGGGAGCCUGGUGCAGAGCCUCAAUGCCACUGCCUCCCCUCUGAUUCAGGAAGCAUCUAUAGGACUUCUGGAGAUUGUGACUUCAGUGCUUCUUCAUCCAAGUAUGGCUGCUCGACUUGCUGCUGCAUGGUGUUUGCGUUGUGUGGCAGUGGCAUUGCCUUUCCAGUUGACACCAUUUCUAGACAGGUGUGCUGAACGGCUCAACAACUUAAAGACUUCACCAGAAGCUGUUAGUGGAUACAGUUUUGCAAUGGCUGCUUUGUUAGGUGGAGUUCAUCAGUGUCCUUUGGGCAUUCCUCAUGCCAAGGGAAAGAUGGUAGUUAGUAUUGCUGAAGAUCUUUUACGAACUGCUGCCCAAAAUAGCAGGCUGUCUUUACAGCGCACCCAAGCUGGAUGGCUUUUGCUUGGAGCACUUAUGACUUUAGGACCAUCUGUCGUUCGUUACCAUCUGCCCAAGAUGUUGUUAUUGUGGCGAAAUGUUUUCCCACGUUCUUUAAAGGAAUUGGAGGCCGAGAAGGCCCGGGGCGAUUCCUUUACCUGGCAAGUAACUUUGGAAGGUCGUGCUGGAGCUUUAUGUGCCAUGAGGAGUUUUGUUGCACAUUGUCCUGAGCUCCUAACUGAAGAUGUGAUUAGAAAAUUGAUGACUCCUAUUGAAUGUGCCAUGACUAUGAUGUCACACAUUCCAUCUGUAAUUAAAGCCCACGGAGCUCAUCUGAAAGCUAGUGCUGCAAUGGUCCGCUUAAGACUUUAUGAUAUCUUGGCUUUGUUGCCUCCAAAAACUUAUGAAGGAUCUUUCAAUGCACUUCUUAGAGAACUGGUAGCAGAAUUCACUUUGACUGAAAACUCAGCUA